AGUAAAGGGAUUGAUAAGUAAAACAUGUACAUGGUAUUGGCUUGGCAGAGCGUUUUGCGCGGAUUUGGUUUAUUAUUAUGAGUUCUUAGGAUUAGGUGGGUCAGUUGGAGAUGUCAGUGUGGGAUGGCCUAGACAGUGAAGAAGAAAAACUGUUAAGGGAUGGUGAAGUAGAUGUGGGUUACAUUAGAGUAUGAUUACAAGGGUGGUCCUGGAUGGAGGAGACACAUGACAUACUGCAAUUGUACUGCCUUCCAUCGAAAUUUUGUUUUAUAUUCUUAGCCAGGUAUGUUGCAGGGAGAGUAGUUGUUUAUUUACUACAUUUAUUUAGCUCAACUGGUUACCUGUGUAGAUAUACAUAUUUAUAUACAUUAUUAUUUGGUUUCUGUGUGUACUUACAUAGAUUUUAAUGCUGAUGAGUGUAUGUGUGGAGGUGUUGAACCUUAUCUCGACAAUACUAAUUUGAUGAAGAAAUCCAGUCGAUACCCAGACCCAGACCAAGACUCAGCAGCAAGUAAAUGUAACGUUUGCCAGAUUGUGCAGUUUGAUCAGUUCAAAGCUAGACAGUGGACUUUCAGCUUGCUCUUAUCCACUCAUUCCCAACUUCGAGGCACCAACAGUAUAAGGCCUUGUCGUUACCGCUGGGAAUGCAGUAAGUUCUGUUGCGAAAAGGGUGGAAGCGACAGGACAGUUCGAUGCUAUGUCAAGGGAGGACUGCAGGUUCUGGGCAGUGAUAAGGAGAACAAGCAUUCUGAAUCUCAUCCAUGUGGUAGAAUGGAGAUAGGAAGAAGCGUCUCACCAAAUUUUCAGGGCAAAAUGAACCCCAAAUUUUCAGGUUUUGGACUCAACUGGAAGCAAUCAGGUUAUUUCCUUCACUGCAACAAUUUCAUAACUAAUUAAUGUAUGAAUUUAUAUGAAAUCAGUCUCGCGCUCUUUUGGCAAUUAAUCAAACUGGUAGGGGACUGAAAUUUAUGGGAAAACAGAGGAGCGGUUACCUUGAGAAUGAGAUAGGAAUUGAACCAGGACCUCGUCGGUGGAAGGGAGGAGGCGGCGGAGGAAAGUGGGCUCGAGGUAGAUGAUGCUACUCACGGCAAUAAUUGCCGCAGUGAUGGGAG